CUCCAUCAUCACAGGGUUGUAUAGUUGUUUUCCUUGUGGUUGGGCAAGUCAGCCAACCUUGUUAAUUCAACCAUGGCAUCAAACAUGUGAACACAAAGAGGAAUUGAUAAAACUGUGCCACUUCUACGAUAUAAAGAAGGCCAAACAAUCGAUCUGAAUAUCUUGUACAAUUUCCAAAAUCUUUGCCCAGGCCUUCGAAAACAGCUGACGCGGGCCUUGUGUAAUACAAAAUAGGCAAGAAUUCACACUCACAAUAAUAAUGUUUAGGCCAAUUUUAAAAAAGUUAACAAAUGUGAGUAGACGGCAGUAUUGUUACAAGUCAGUAAAACGGCCAACAUUUCAAAAAGAGACCUCUCCAAGACGUCCUAAGGGAACACCUGUGGACAAAGCACCCAAAGACAAUGUAGACCUCACAAAACACCUGCAAGCAAAAAUACUAGCAACGGGACCAAUCACUGUAGCUGAAUAUAUGCGUGAAGUACUCACCAAUCCUCACUCGGGCUAUUAUAUGAAUCGAGAUGUGUUUGGGAAAGAGGGUGAUUUUAUUACUUCACCUGAAAUUUCGCAAAUAUUUGGAGAGCUUGUUGCCGUCUGGAUAUUGAGUGAAUGGCAAAAAAUGGGUAGUCCGAAGUUCCAACUGGUCGAAUUAGGACCAGGAAGAGGCACAUUGAUGCGAGAUGUGCUCAAAGUUCUAUCGAAAUUUAAACUGAACAAAGAUUUUUCAAUACACAUGGUGGAGAUAAGCCCUCACCUUAGUAAACAACAAGCCCAACUUCUAUGCUACAGUUUUGACGAUGCCGAUGCUAAUGUGGAUAUGUAUUAUCGAAAAGGCGAGACAGCUUCGGGGACCAAAAUCUUUUGGUAUAGCCGAUUAGAAGAUGUCCCAAAGAAGUUUUCGGUAGUUUUGGCUCAUGAAUUUUUUGAUGCUUUGCCAAUACACAAGUUCCAGUUCGAUAAUGGCUUGUGGAAGGAAGUGCUUAUAGAUAUUGCAGAAAACUCCACGUCUGAUUUUAGAUAUGUUUUGUCAAAAAAUCAAACUCCAAUGUCUAAGAUCUUUAAUCCAGUGGCAGGAGAUACAAGAAAAAUUAUAGAAUACUCCCUGGAAUCUGAUAGACUAAUUGGUUUAUUAGUCGAACGGUUUGAGCGUGAUGGGGGCUUGGGUCUUAUUAUGGAUUAUGGACAUUUAGGAGAAAAGGGCGACACAUUCAGGGCAUUUAGGAAACAUGCUUUGCAUGAUCCUCUGAAGUUUCCUGGCACUGCUGAUCUUACAGCAGAUGUGGAUUUUCGUCAAAUGAAAUCGGUGGCGGAGAGAAACCAUCAGACCGUUUGCUUUGGACCAGUGGAACAAGGAGUUUUCUUAAACAAAAUGCAAGGAGAAGUUCGCCUUGAGAGCAUUCUACGCAGCGCCCUACCUGAAAAUCAUUCUUCCAUAAGGUCAGCCUACCAGAUGCUUACACAUCGAGAACAAAUGGGUGCAAGAUUUAAGUUCUUUUCGAUGUUCCCAUUUGUAUUAAAGGAUCAUCUAACGAAAUUUCCUGUUAAUGGUUUCCACUGAACUUUUCGACCAACAGCGACGACUAUGAGAUACUUGUAUAUUUAUUUAUAUGUCUGUGUAUAAGUCGAUAACAGGGGUUUUAACCAAAUGGAAUUGCUACAUAAAAACUC